CUCAAGCAUAAUACCGCAUGCGCACGUUUUCCUGUCGGGAUGAUCUGAGAGACCUUUAAAUUUGUCAAUACUGUACAGUAUUGUAACGAAAUAAUUGAUCGGCAAGCCAGCGUUGGUUGCCUAUGUUUUCUAUCAACGCUUCCAAAGGCAUUGCUUAUCCUUUCAAGUAUCAGUACAAAAUCUACACAUCUAUUCAAACUGGAAUGUGCGCACGAUUUAGCUGCUCAAUGGAAACAUGACCUCAAAAUCAGAAGUUGUAUCCAAGAUUCUUGAUAUUUGCUCUAAUGGAAACUUACAGCUCCUACAAGAAAUUCUUUCAGGUCGUAGCCAAAAUGAAAUCUUAGGACUCACCAAUGCAUCAGCACGUGAUACCACACCACUUAUCAAUGCAUGUAUGAAUCGCAAUAUAGAUGUAAUGUGCUACCUUUUGGACACAUGUCAUGUUGACAUAGAGAAGGUCGGUGAUGUGGUUGUAGAAAGCGAAUUUGUUCAAGGUGCACCACCAUUGUGGUGUGCAGCUGUUCUUGGAGAUCUUCCCAUGGUUACUGCUCUUGUUAAGCGAGGAGCGAAUGUUGAUCAUGGCACUGUUUCAUGUUCCUCUCCACUACGAGCAAGCAGCUACGGAGGAUUCAUUGAUGUUGUAAAAUACCUUGUGAAACAAGGUGGCGACAUUGAGUUAGGUACGAGAUAUGGGACCACAUGUUUAAUGAUUGCGAGCUACAAAAACCAUGUUGACCUAGUGAAGUAUUUUCUGAAACUAGGGGUUGAUGUAAACCGGCGAACAAUGCGGGAUGAAAAUGCUCUAGAAUUUGCUGCAGAAGCAAAUAACAUGGAGAUCAUUAAGCUCUUGUUGAAAAAUGGUGCUGAUGCAAACUCAAUCAACCACCGUAGCCUCACUCCGCUUACCUAUAUAGUUGAACGAAAUGAUUUAAGUACAGUAAAGCUGUUUCUUAAAUAUAAAGCCAGGUUUGAAAUUGGUGAAAAGGGAGCGUCUCCUCUUAUGAAAGCUGCAGCAGAGCGACAUGAGUCUAUCGUUGAAUAUUUUAUAUCUCGUCCAGAAUGCUCAAAACUUGGAGCUAUUGAAGCCCUUGAAUUAAUAGGUGCAUCGGUUCUAUGUCGAACAAACGACACAGAGAAGGCAGGAGCUUAUUGGCGUCGUGCAUUAACUAUGAGGUUAAAUGAGAAUAUUAAGAAGAGUUAUGCAAGUAAUAAACCCCCAAAAAUUUUAACACCAAGAUAUUUAGAGAACAUGUUGCAAAAUGACGCCAAAGCGUAUUCGAUAGCUCUUGACAUUUAUGAGCAAAUUCUAGGCCCAAUUAAUCCAGGAACGGUUAAUGGGUUACGAUACCGCGGUGCUGCAUUAGCCGACACUGGACAUUUUCAAGAAGCAUACGAACUCUGGAUGCAUGCACUGACAAACUUGUUGACAUAUGAUCGUUUGUUCUAUUCACACACAAGUGAUAUGCUAUUGUGGUUUGCGCGUGUCUUUAAUGAAAUACGUGAUGAAAGCAGUGUGUCAGCAUUUCCAACUUUUAGCCAAGUGUCGCUGGUUAUUCAGUGCUGUGUCACAGAAAUAAAAAGAUGUGUUCAAUUUUUAGGCCCAGCAAGUAAAUACGAGAUGCUCGUAUUCAAUAGCCUACCUGUAAUUGUUCUCCACCUCAUUUCAAUUGCCCUGAGCCUGAUUGAGUCUACAUCUUUAGGCCCUGAUUCAGAUGAAAUGUCUUAUCUAAAAAAACUUGUCUACGAGCUGCUCCGACUGUCACCGAGGUCGAAAGAUGCACAGUCCUUGAUGCAUAUUGCUGUUGAUAACACAGCCAGUAAGAUUGGCAAAUAUCAAGUCCGAAAAUUUCCUGACAUUCAUGUUGCUAAACUUCUAUUGUUUUGUGGAGCCGAUGCGAAUGCGACAGACACUAACAAAUCCACACCACUCCAUGUCAUAGCAUCGGAUGUUAAAACUGAAAGAAACAUAUGGCAUGACAUAAUUUUGUUGCUCCUGAAGCAUGACGCUCAUUAUGAUACUCGCAACAAUCAAGGAAUGACUGCUAAAGAUCUUGCUAACAAGAAAGAUGUUGAGUGGGAUUGGUGUCAUGUCAAACUCACUACUUUGCAGUGCUUGGCUGCAACUGUCAUUGUGCGGCAUUCCAUACCAUACAAGGGUACUGUAACACCCGACUUGGAAAAAUUUAUCUGUAUGCAUUAGGUGGUGAUUGAAUAUUUUUGAAGAAUUAAAGAGUUCUGGGUUUUACUUUCAAGUCUUCAUCAACACAUGUCAUAUUAACAUAGUGUCGGAAAAAAUUACAAUUUGAACCAUUCUUCUCAGAACCAAAUAAGAUCAAUUGAGAUUUAUGCCACAUGGUGUACCAAAAGCAUAUAAUAAUUAUUAAGUGUUGUUGUUUACACAUAUUAUAUAACUUUUAUCUUAUAUUAAUGUAGGUCCUAUAAACAAAAUAAUGUGUUAAAUAUAAUAAUGUAGUUCGAUCUUGAUUGAG